AUGGCAGGCAAACGCAAGACCAUAGUACCUGAUCUUGAUGACCUCCGUCGCUCUAAGCGAAGUAACAUGGGUCAAGGUGGACGCCUCACCCAACUUCAAAAGCUCGAGUCCUCACAGAUGAAUAGACAACGUCCAGUGAAGAAAAACCCCGCUCAGGAGAUGAUAGACAGCCAACCAGUAAAUGUCAUGGCGCCGGAGGCACCUAUACGCAAACCAAGGGCAAGACCAAUCAAGGCGACUAAGACAUCAAGCAAUGAGAAGACUGAACGACAUCUUUCAAGCUCCAACUUACCACAGCGUGUUGCUGAGGACAAGCCCACUUCGCAUCCUCGUAGUCCCGACUCAAGGUUUGGCUUUGUCCCACCUCCACCUGCGACCUCCGAACGCCAUUUCAUCCGUGCUCUCUCUAGGUUCAACAGUACACCAUCAGGAUCCUCCCAGCCUAACACGCCCAAACGCACCCUCACUGGCGCCCAUUCGCGGAAACACGACAAUCUGCGUCAUCAUUCCAAGUCAGAUACUAGCCGUGCCCUACCAGCAUCCAAACCUGUCCCUCUUGAACACACCCCCGCUGGUGCUCAUUCACAGAAACGCAACGAUCCACGUCCUCACUGUAAUGCUAGUCGUAAACCACCGGUGUCCAAACACAUCCCUCGACACACCGUCACCAGUGACAGCAAUCCGCCCACUGACCUGGAAUCCGAUUACACUCGUCCAUCACGGAUGAAUAUUUCAGAUGCCGAGGCUCCUCUACAUGGCGAUGAGGGCUACGACUCGGGACGAGAUCACGAUGUGGAUGCUAACAAUUCUGAUCUGGACAACUCGGAUGCUAGAACUAAUGACGUGCAGGUGGACCAUGGCAAUGAUGGUGAUAGUGGGGAGGCGGACCAGGAUGUUGAUGUUGAUAAUCUGGGUGUAGACCAGGAUGAUGGUGACAGUUUUGUUGACGACCCCCACCAGGAUCAUGACACCUCGAAAGAUAGCAACGAUGAUGAAUUCACUCGUGCAUGCUCACGAGUCGCCGACAGCUCACACAAUGCCCGAGAUGUCCUCCAAGACCAUCGCGCAAAGAACUGUCGCCCUCGCAUGCCUGACCUGGAUGAGCUCGAGACUUUGCGUCGUUGCGCUACUACUCAAGAUUCAGCUCAAUCUUCUUCUGAAGAGGAGGUUGUAGUACCACGCAAGAGAACGCGGAUGAUCAAAGCAACUGCGCAGAACAUUCGCUUCUAUCCUCCUUCUUGGAAGGAUUUACUAGAGGCCGCAAAGAAGAAAUCACGCCUAGGCUUGCUCACUAGCACAGCGUCAAAGCGCGAGCCCCUUCAGUGA